UGAAAUACAGCUUUAUAUCAAAUAUUAGAUAUUUAAUUUAUUGAAUAUUGCAGCAUUUGUGUUUAUUAUUAUUUUGAGUGCACAUGCACCCACAUCUUUUUGCGUACAUACAUACAUACAUAUGCAUAUAAAUGCAAGAACAGUGCUUUUAAUGUGUUUCAAUCACCCUUGCUGUGACUAGGUGAUAACGUUGCUUCUCUUAAUCCAUCAAGAAAGUAAAUAAUCUGCAAGUGCAGCGGACAGAUGCAAUAGUUUAUAGUUGAUUAAAUCGCGCUUGUUGAGUCUCGAAAACAGCAGCUCAGUAACUGUUAGCAAGUGUACCGCAGUGGUUUUAAAUAAAUAUACGACACUUGUAAGCAACAUAUAACUGUAUAUAAAUCAAAUGCAUCUGCUUAAAGAUUACAAAAUCGAAUUAUACGUAUAUUUAAGCACAUAUUUGCAGAUAGUUCGCCUCUCUUCUCAGAUAUUUACUAAAUGAACGUUUGCGAAAGUGUAUGUUAAAUUAGCAACUAAUAGUGGAACAGAUGCCAAUACAAAUCGAAAGCAACAAAACUACAAUUACUAAACAAAUUAAUACAUUCGACUACUGCUUUGAUGUGAUACGUGCAAAUAAUGGAACAGCAGGCCAGCGAGCAGGCGGAGUGCAGUGCUUAUUUGCUGCUGGAAACAUUAACUACUAUUUGGAAAAAUUAUCAAAAUGCCGGCGAUGACAAUGCAGCUAAACUGCAUUGGAUGGAACUUUUUCUGUUCUAUUUUCAAUAUGUAGAGGAGGACACAUUGCAAUCGGAGGGAAUAAAAAGUUUCAUACACAAUAUACCCGAAGAGAUCACCUCCUACCUCUUGGAGACAGUUUGUAACAUCAUCAACGAAUCUCACUUAUCAAUUCCUUUACAAACAGCUGAAUGUGAUAGUAGUACUGACCUAGUACAAAGGGAGAUAAGCAUAAGCAACACGAACGCUACGAAUUCCUUACUGACAAAUCGAAGUUUUACUCCGUUGAUAUUAAAUGCACCAAGUGAUUGGAGUAAAAUUAUUGCUUUGCGGCAAUUUUUAACAAAUCACAUCGGCAAGCAUUUGUUGCGUUUUCUUUUACGCGUAGACAAUAAGCUUAUCGCUUCACAAAAGGGCCUUUGCAAUCUUUGUUGCAAAUUGUUUCCGAAUUGCAAAUGGAAUACGAAGGAGUUUAUAUUGGAUACACCGCUUUCUAUACUAACUGUCAUCGGUAGUAUUGCGCCAACACAGUUGUCCGGUGUCGACAUGCAUAGCACUGCACACAUUUUGGAUUGUGAAACACAGUCGGAGACAGUUUUAUUAGAUGCACAGCAGCAGCACGAGGAGAGAUUUAAGACAUUUAGUAAUAGUGUUGUGAGCAGCGACGAAAUCGCCUAUUUACUCGUACAAAUAAUGGCGAAAUGUGUGGCAAACGAGUGUGAAGAUAAUCUUAAUAGUCAAUCAGUAUCAGUGAUCUCAUUAAAUUUCGCAUUGGAAUGUUUAUGUUGUGAUGAUGUUGUUUAUGCAACCAGACAGAAUGCCAACACAAUCAAACUUGAACUGCUACAGCUUACAAUACGUUGUAUUAAUAAUAUAUUCAAUGCUACAGCCAGCAUAAAUGUUUUGCAAUUUCAAAAUAUUUUCAACAUGUUGGCGGUCAUAUUGAAAAAGCAUGCUAUGGAAAUUACAGAAAUCAAAUGUGAAAAUGUAACGGAGAAUGGCAACUACUCAACAUUGGAUUUUGGUUUGGAAUUUCUCAGCGCCAGCAAUUAUGUUUUCUUUUACACGCUACAAAAUAUCAUAAUGCGUCUCAAUAAAUCUAAGGGAACGCAUAUAAUUGGUGGCAAUAAGAGCAGCCUAAAUGAUUUGCAGUGCAUCGAUGAGAAGGUGAUUGAUGUAAGCAUUAAAACAUUCCAGCAAGUGUUGCAGAAGUUGAAAAACAUUGCUGUUGUGAAUGCUGAUGCGCGCAUGCUCACUGAGUUAACUUUUCGAACACUGCUUAAGAUCAACGAACAACUUUUCAAGCAUGAACAGCAGUCCAAGAACAAUGUCAAUUAUACGAAUGGUGGUGGGAGUGCGCGUAGACGUUGUCGCCACUUGCGUCAAGCGCAUUGUCACACACAAGCGCCAACCUUAAGCUGCUACUUUCAGGGCACCUUGCUGAAUUUGCUACCCCACAUCAGCGUCGAUAUGCAAGAGGAUGCUGUGCGCUAUUUAUUACGCAUCGGCAUUUGUUGUUGUCACUAUACAAUCGAUACCUAUGCGUCGUGUUUGCAUAUGAUUUCGCAACUAACGCCUUUAUAUCAAAAUUGUACCUAUAAAUUUUUACAUCGCCGCAUACUUUAUACUAUCCUCACGCAAGAUCAUGGUGUGUACAAUAAACGUGCGCCGGAUACUUGUGCCAAAUGUGAUACAAAACUGAAGUCGCUUGAGUUUCGCAAGGAGAUUUUACAGCUGUACAAGCAGCUGCAUGUUGAGCUCAACACCGCGGAGUGUGGUGACAGUAAAAUGUUGGCAUUGCAACUGCUGUUAAAACAUUUAAAAAACAUAUCAGAUACAUUGAGCAGCGAUAUGGCUGCGGGUAUUUUGGCUGAGGUCAUAUUGCCCACAUUUCGCAAAUUCAAAGUGGAAAUGUUGCAAAGUCGUAAAGCAAAUAAAAGCAGCGAGUCUAAAAACGCAACAGAAACAACAACAAAUAAUUCACAUAUCAAUAUAUCAUUUCCGGAUAGUGAAACUCGUACAGCCGACGGCCCCAUGACUACUUUGGUCAUCUUACAAGAUUGUUUGAAUAUUUUUGUUGCUUAUUUGGGUGGCGAUAUACGUUUGAUUAAGGCGUUUUACAACGAAGAAAACAUAAUGCAUUUGGAGGAUCUCUACUAUGAGCCACCGUUAGUGCAUAGCAUAUGUGAGCUGAUCAAAAUUGGUAUUGAUAAUGUAACCUUUUUGGGCGAAAGUAAUCAAGAGCAAAUGCUGCUGAGUCGUCGCCUCAUUAUGUUGUUACUGAAUAGCAGCGCCUACAAUGCUUUUCAAUUUAAUGCGUUAACAUUCAAUCAACAAAUUGACAACGAAGCGUGCGAAUUGUCGCCUAAAAAGUUGGUGGAAAAAGCGGACGCAAUGAAUGCGGUUGACAUUUUAUAUGUAACAGCGCUCAAAUGGUCAUUUAUACACGAGCUGCUGCAGACCAGUCAAUGUUUCUACAACGCAUUAACGUCUAUGUACAAUUUAAAUAAGUGUAAUGCGCCAACUGUUGAACCUGAUGACUCACUAGCGCAAAGCAGGAGUGUAAAGGAUUUUGUUACGUGCGAAUUGUAUGUUGGCAAAACGAUUGACGACAUUCUCUUACUAAAUUAUAAUGCUUUGAGCACAUUUUUGCAACUUUCGCAAUGCAAAUCUUCGAGUAUUCCUACAAAACGCACACAAUCGUCGCCACAACACAACACCAAUACGGGCACGUCAACGCCAAUGCAAGACGCACACUACAAUGCAAUCAGCGCCGAAGCCAACAAAGAAGACGCUUGUUUGUCAAGUUCACUGGAAUAUUUGCUCACUAGCAUCGAAGUAGAUGCGCUACAACAAACGUUUGGUUCGAUUAGUUCAUCGAUUGCAGCGCAUGUGUCAACAAUUGACGCCUUUAGCGCAACAUCGGCGGCGAUUCCAAGUUUAACGAAUAGCGAUUGCAGUUUUGUCGCAAACGCACACACACAGCGUUAUGCAGAAGCAUAUAAUUUCACAUUUUUAGACAAAUUAAAAAGUCAGCAUUCAACAAAAUACACUGUAGAUUUGCAAAGUAUUGAUGACGCAGAAAUUAACGAAAGUGUUGUCAUAUUCGAUGUACGUAAUCAGCAAAGUGCAAGUGUAACACAAAAUACAAUAUUACCGGCAACAACAACAACUACAACACUGCAUGCUGUUAGUGUGGAUGCGCUCGUUCCCACAUCAGUUUGGAGCUGUGCUGCCAACGCCUUAUCUACGUCCAUGCUUGUAGCGGGUCCAGAAACGAAUGCGGCCGUGCUUAGUAUUGGCAUAAGUAUAUUUGCGAAAUUUUUCAGUGUACUCGGCUCAUUUUUUGGUGCCAGCAAAACGGGUUCGUUAACCGAUUUAAACAAUAGUGCGUGUGAGCCAGAAAUCGAUUCGAAUCUUAUUUGCUUGCUCGAAAAUAGUAGUGAUAGUAAGCGUUAUCUGCUAAGGCUUUUCGAGACUACAAUGGCCAUUAGCAUCAAAAGUUUCAAAGACGAAGGCGCGCAAACGAUGGAAAAGCAUUUGCUAAAGCUGAAGGCAGUGAUAUUGAGUAACACCAUAGCCGGCAAUGAGCCAGCUGCAGCGCAUCACGAAGAGCAUUCACGCGAAAACGCUGUGGUAAAAGCACUACAAAGUCUGCUGAAAAUUGCAGAGCAGACCAACAACAACAGCAACACAACGCCAACCGCAAUCGCCAACGAUUUGAAUGGCAGCAGCAGCAACAAGGCUUUGGAAAACAACGCUAGUGAAGAAACGGUAUUGCCAUCACCGUUACGACCACGUGCACGUUCCUUCAACAGCACAAGAACACAGUCCAAGCACAGCAAUGUGACCACACCGCGCACAGCGGCGCCCAAGCGACAGUUGUCUGCCGAAAGUGGCGAUGCAGAUUAUUUCUCCACGCGUAUGUCGUUGUUCUGUGAAAGUGAAAUGGAGUUGAGUGAGAAUGAGAAUGAUACCAACUAUGUAACGGCUGAUGAGGGCUACGAAGCCGAUGGUGAGAUACCGGAAAUCUCCGAAUCGGAGACUGAAUUGGAUAAAGCCGAAUUCUGGAACUCAUUUCAACCGAGUUCGCGCUAUCGUACUCACUUGCUGCAUGAUGGUCUCUGUCAUUUGGUUGUGGAAAUUCUAAUUGAACUAUCGGAGAGAUGUAUCGCCAAUCCGUUGGGUUGGUGUGAGUGUUUGGUGCAAUUGGCAAAUCGGCUGUUUGUGAUACGUGCGAGUAUAGGAGACUCGCUGUUUUUGUUGCGUGGUUUUGCGCCAGUGCUGAAAUGCGGUGAUCCACGUUUGAGAGAAUUGCAACAAUCUUUAUUGGAACUAAUUGUGGACGUGAAUACGCCUGAUGUUUUAUGCACCUAUUUUAAUAUUUUGGCCGCUAAGAAUCCACCUGUGGAUCUUUUAAUAAAAUAUCUCAAUCAUAUUUGUGGCAACAAACUACGAAAGCCUCAGGCAAUGGUGGAAUUAGAAUUUCCGGUGACAGUUGACGGCAAAUGCACCUCUACCAGUGAUCAGCGCAUAACAAUGGAUAUCGAUCACUUACGUAAUCAGCAUAUAAACGCGCAAACACACACACCAUUAUCACGUACACCCUGUAUUAUGCCCAUAACGCAUGCGCGACUGUGGUCCAACGACGGUUUUACACUAUCGCUUUGGCUGCAGCUGAAGGGUGCACACAAUAGUAAACCCUCAUCGAUACUUACGGAGGAGGAAGCACGCAGUACACACGAAGAUAGUCAUGUAAGUAAAACACACAUCGUUUCAAUCGGCACCAAUCAAGUGCUGCUGAGCGCUUAUGUCAAUCGCGAUAUGAAGUUAGUGUUUGAAACAAGCAAACCCAAUGCAGAAAUCCCCACUCAAACAUCAGCAGCACAAACGCCAACAGAACCAACGAACGAAAAUUUGGAGGAGCGAAAUCAGACUCAACCAAGAGAUUCGCCCAAUCAUACCAACAGCGACAAUGCAAACACCACACCCACACCGUUGACUUCACCACCCCGCGCCGGCAGUCCUUCAACGCUGCGUGUUGCGCUAAAGCAAACGAAGCUCGUCAUACUCAACAGUUUCAACAAUAUGCAUCUCUUUAAGUACCAUAACCACAAUCAAUCGUAUGAGACCGCAUCGGUUGCACUGAGACAUUUUCGUUUCGCGCGCAACCGUUGGACACACAUCGCAUUUAGUGUGUGCACGCAUCAAGACCACUUGGAGUUGAAGGUUUAUGUCGAUGGUGUGGAGCAGGAAAUUGUCUAUUUGCAUUUUCGUAAUGUACGCGCUCUACAGCGCAGCCAUGCCUUUCAACUCAUUUGCCUUGGUGAUAGUGUGCCAGCCACCGGCAGCGCGCAUAAUGUGGGCGCUCCAACCGAUUCGCGUUCCACCGUUGAUGGCUAUCCUCUAGCAUUUAGUCUAACAAAUUUACUGUUAUUCAAUUGUAAAUUCAACGCAUGGCAAACCAUAGCCAAUUUAACUGCUAUGGGUCCAGAUUUUUCCGAGCUCGCGCCACUGCAAGUGAACGCGUGGCGUCCCAAUUACGGUUUUGUCAAUAUGGGUAGACUGAAGAGAGCGAAUUUCGGUAAUGUCGCGGAAUCAAUGCGUGCUUUGUAUGAGUCACGCCUACUAGUUUACACCGCUGAGUCGCCGGAUAUUGUAAUGGGCUUUAAUAAUGAAGUAAAUGCUAAAGAAGGCAGCGUCUCAAGUGCCGCACGCGUUUAUGGAUUGAUUUUGUACGGUGAGCUGAUACAGAAUCAUUUACGCUCCAUUCAAGCCACUACUUUGCUAUGCGGUGGCCUUUCAACGCAACUUUACUUAUUCGCAAGGAUUGUGGAGCUGAGCAGUAAUUCAUUGUCGCAGUACAUGGCAUUGGAUAUUUUCCUAAAUAUAGCCUUAUCCGAUUCCCAAUUGUAUGCCGAGUUUUUACGCAUCAACUAUAUGAGCCUUAUAGGUUAUGUGGUGAAAACCGAUCGUUGCACGAAGGAUGUGCAUCUCUUACGUAGCAUUUUAAAUAAUGCCUGCUCACAAGCGAUUAUCAAUAAAAAGGGUGACACAUUGGAAAUUUGCGAAAAUACAACAGCUAUCGUUGUGUAUCCACAAUUGAUCAUAUCGAUAUUACAUCGUUACUCGGAUUGGCAUCGUUCGGGCGUCGAACACUCGGAUGUGCUGGACAUGCUAUUUCACUGCAUUUUAGCGUUGACACGUGAGAAACAUCCACAACGUGAUUUAAAUUUAGAACAGUUAAGUGAAGCGGGUCUCCUCAAAGAGUUGCUGAAUUUAUGCAAAGUUUAUGUAAUCGAAUCGCCAAAUCCCGUAUACAUAUCAAAAAGUGCUGCCGAAUCCUUUGUUGCUAUAUUAUCCGUUUUCGCCGGUUCGCCGCCAUCCACAUCACUCAUGGAUGAGAUAAUGAAGCUAUCGCUGCUGCUGCAGAAGCCUAGCGAAUGUUACAUCACACAUGAUAGAUCGAAAUUUUAUUUUCUACUCACACCACUGGCGCCGGUGAAGGAGCGUUCAACGGCUGUAUCCAGCUUCGAUCGCGUCACAACACCAUUUCGCCGCAAAUCGAAACGUGAACGUCCCGGCAUCGCCAAACCAACAGUGAGUGUCGACAAAAGCGAUUUGAAUGCCAAGCAAAAUGAGCGCAUCAAACGUUUACGCCGUUUACAUAUUGCGGCGACAAGCUCGCCCUUCAAACGCAAUUUGCUCGAACUCGAAGAUAACCUAGAAAAUGUGGCCGAUUGCGCGCGUUUGAAUAAGAAAGCGCUGCGCUUGCUAAGUCCAGUUAAUGUGGAGAAUUGGCGCAUGAAAUUCAAACAAACACCCAACAGGCAUGCGCCAACAAGUCCAAUGAGAAAACAGCAAACUCCGAGUAAUGCUGAGAGAAGACACUCAUUAGCCGCUUAUACACCGAAUCGGAUUAGUCAUAAGCGUUUGCGUCACGCAUCACUUAAUUAUUUAGCAAAUGCUGAGACACCGAAGUUGCGCAAACGCAGCACACAAUCAUGCGUGGCGCCAGCUGAUGGCAGCGAUACUGAUAAAGAAGCGCUAACUAACCAACAAAUAGUCGUGUCAACAACGCAAACAGCCACAACGCAACAACGUCGCAGUCGAUUGCUCGUCAAGACGGAUUUCUACAGUUGGCCUGGCAUUAUUGCGUUGCAGGAGGGUCUGUUAACGCUGCUGAAAAAUUUCCUCUGUCUUUUACCCGAUAAUGCUGUAGAAGAGGUCCUGAAGCAUUAUGUUAAAGUCGAUAUUAUAUUGGUCCUAUGCAACAAUAGCAGUUGUGCCGUGCGUACGGCCAUAAUCAAAUUACUUGCCGUGCUGCUGAAGCGCCUACAGUCAAGUGACAUCAACCAACAUGUUAAGAACUUGUAUCCUCAGCACUUGGCAAAUCAAAUGUCUAUAUAUACAACCGAUAUGCAGAUGUUUGAGGCCUGUUUGGAAUGGGUCACCGGCGUUUAUUAUAGCACAACGAAAAUCUUGCACUGUGAUAUGACCUUACAGAUCGUUGAACGCUUCGGCAUUAAUACGCUACUCUCAGUUGUCAUAAAUAUGACCAACAAUCAGGGCGGUCUGAAGGCGAAAGCAUUUAAAAUACUCUACAAAAUGUUCAAUAUGGAAAGCGAACAACAACAACUCUUAAUAGAUGCCGGUUUGCUGCUUUGCUGCAUUAAGUCACUCUUCAAUCUUUAUUUGGGCUCUAGUGUUGUUGAUGCCGUCAUAGAGGAGUCUAUUGUAGUGCUUUUAACGCAGAUUGGCGAGAAGUCUUUGAAAUCGCCGGGACAAAUAAAGUACGUUUGGGAUAUACUCAAUAUGCUGACAUUCCUGCACGAGGGUGCCACUGGUUCGGUCAUAAAGAAUUUACGUUCUGCGCAAGCGCGUCUGCAAUACGCAUGGAUACGCAUGUUCUUCGAGUCGAUAAACGAACCGAAGAAUUUCAAAGUUAUAGCGCUGCCCAACUCCAAUUUAUCACUCGCCGAGACCAAGGAGCGAUUGCGUCUACUAAUCGAUCGUUGCGCACAAUUCUUCACCAUUUGCGAUGCGAAGUACGCACCAAGCGUUACCGAGGUGGAACUAUUCCAAUUGAUUGUGGCCUACAGCAUUGCCACCAGUCAGCGUUGCAACAAUUUCAUUGCUUGGGGUCUGCAACCAUCGCGUCCACAUGAACUACGCGCCUACAUUGUCGAUGCACUUUGGAACUCUUGUCAAGCCGGGCUUUCGCCUCCUGUCAUUUGUGAUGGCAAGAUAAUCAAAUCGUUUUUGUGGUUAUGUCUGCUGGAGGAUUUGGAGAAACCAUUGCCGAACUUGGAGCGCCUCUGCAAGCAUUUGGGUAUAAACGAACAUGACUCCACGUGGAAUUUAGAGAGUGAAUUGGAGCGCAUUGAGCUCAAUCGUAGCACUAUAGCGGCCGAACAAAAAGUAAAAUUAGAAGAGACCGUUUAUCGUCUGGAGUCGCUGGCUGUGAGCUGCAUUGAGUCAUCAAUGUUGAAUACCAGGCGUGUUGCGGAACUGCAGAAUUCCGAACGCAAGCUGCUGAUGUAUCAAUUAAAAGACUAUGACGACGCCAGCAUAUACAAUAAGUGGUUAGGAAUUGUGCGACGCAUGACACACGAAGGUGCACCAUGGCACUCAAAGGAGCGUUCCGAAAAUUCUUGGGAGUUAGAUGACACCGAGGGCCCAUCGAGAGUACACACGCGCCUGCGUCGCUGUCAUUUGGAUAUCGAUAAACGUUUUUUCAUGGAGGACUAUUACAACAACACAACAGAAUUACGUACCACUGAUAUUACAAUGAACAAUAGUGCCUCUUUCACCAACGAAUAUGUGCGUCCAUUGGAAUAUCUACUAUCCAGUUAUGAUCAACAGCUCAAUAUUUCGCUCAACUCGCAAAUACUUUAUAAUUUUCCUGCCAAAUUUCUACCCGUCGAUGGCGAGAUUGAUGGUGAAAUCAUUAUAACCGAUCAUAAACUGUAUUUUAUGGCUACAUAUCGUUGCAAGUACUUCUAUAUUAACUGUGAUAUCUCGAGUAUAAGUGAAAUUUGGUUGAAACGUUAUCAGCAUCAGGAGAAGGCUUUCGAAAUAUUUUUGGAUACAAAUCAAUCAUUAUUUUUCUCACUACAAAAUCAGGAAGAUUAUAAAAUUAUGUACGAUGUAUUUUGUGAUAAAAUCGUCACGCAUCCCGAUCAAGCGAAGAUACUCGUUAUUACGCAGCAGUGGCGCGAGGGUUUAUUGACCAAUUGGGAGUAUUUAAUGACACUGAAUCAAAUUGCCGGUCGCACUUAUAAUGAUCUCAUGCAAUAUCCCAUAUUUCCAUGGAUAUUGUCUAAUUAUGCGUCGGAUAUUUUGGAUUUGACUGACCAGACGAACUUUCGCAAGUUGGAGAAACCGGUUGCGGUGCAGCAUGAGGACAAUGAGGAGCACUACAUCACCACCUACACGUAUCUCAACAAUACGAUGACCAACAUGGGUUCUUUGACACUAAAACCUUAUCAUUAUAGCUCGCAUUAUUCGAAUUCUGGCACUGUACUGCAUUUCCUCGUGCGUGUACCGCCUUUUACCAGUUAUUUUCUCAGAUAUCAAGACAAUAAUUUCGACUUACCUGAUCGUACCUUUCACUCAUUAAAUACCACCUGGAAUUUGGCGAGUCGUGAUAGCCCCACAGACGUCAAAGAGCUGAUACCGGAAUUCUUCUGCUUACCGGAAAUCUUUGAAAAUUUCGAACGUUUCGAUUUCGGCUGCCGACAAAAUGGCGAACGCGUUGAAGACGUACAAUUGCCACCGUGGUGUCUGCGAGAUGCGCGUCUUUUCGUGCUCAUACAUCGCCAGGCAUUGGAAGCAGAGUUGACACGCAAUCAGCUGCAUAAUUGGAUCGAUCUGAUAUUCGGCUAUAAACAGUCUGGUGACAGCGCUGUGGAAGCAAUAAAUGUUUUCCACCCGGCGACAUAUCCGUCAUUCUUGGAAUCCAUAACAGUGGACCCAAUAGAGCGCAGAGCUGUUGAGACCAUGAUUAGGACCUAUGGCCAAAUGCCGCGGCAAUUAUUCAAAAAUCCACAUCCACAAACGAAAACACUCAACUAUUGCCUGGGCGCUAAGGAAGUGCUACCCACUGUGCGUGGCUUGAGGUGGGGCGUCUACUUGGGUUCACCGCAGCUACCAGCGCCGACGCUUGGUAAUAUCUAUAAAAUACCCAGCGCCGAGUAUCUGGUUUCAUUCAAUAAUACCAACGCCGUUUAUGGCUUGCCAAUGAAAUCGUGCAUUAUGCAAGGUGCUGAGGUCGAUACAUUCAAUGUGAUUUCUUGGGAUUAUGAUGAUCACAUUGUGCGUAUACAACCGUUAAAUAAAUUAUACACGAAGCCGAAAAAUAUACUACGCAGUCAGGUUAUCGAUGAUAUUACCGCCUGCGGUGCUGAUCCGAAUUCCAAUCAACUUUGGUUUGGACACAAAUCGGGACGCAUAAGUAUAUACAAAUGUGGCAACACAGAGCAUAAUAGCCGACCGGUGAAGAAUCGACAAAAUUAUAUACGUGGCCUGCGACGUUCAUAUAAUUCGGCAUUUCGCAAGCUUACAACCAAAAGUUAUUCCGAUGAAAGUGAUACUGGCAAUGUAACACCGUUGCUGAGUUCAACUACCGGCGGCGCAGCAGCCGAUGCGCCACAACGCGAUUGCGCCGAUCUCUCAUGGACAGGACCGACAAUACUGUUGCGACACACCGACGAGGUAACCAGUAUACGUUUAUCGGUUGAAUUCAAGAUUGCCGUCUCAGCAGGGCGCGAUGGUAUUGCCGUUAUUUGGGACCUAAAUAACUGGAAUUAUGUGCGCACAAUAGAUAGACCUGCGGAGAUACAUCACUCGCCAAUAACGGUGAUCACUAUAAGCCCCACGCUGGGUGAUAUUGUCACUGUGCACACUACACCGCAGCAGUUGGCGCAAAAGGCAUCGCCGGAGCGACAAAAUCAGAAACCUAACGGCAACAGCCCCGCUGAUAGUGGUCAAACAACAGCAUCAGUGCCCGAUGAAUGCUUCGAGGUGACCGAGGAGAGUCUCGAAGAUUUCGUGAAUGUGUCCGUGCAUCCAAAUGGUAAAUCCAUAUUGCGUUUGCACACGGUAAACGCGCGCUAUGUACAACAUAUUGUGCAUGAGGAUCGUAUAUUGGCGGCCACCUAUUCGUACAUCAAGGAAGGUGUGGGUGUCAAUGUGAUCGCCACCGCUGUGGAAGGCGGCACCAUACGUUUGUGGUCCAGUUGGAAUUUGAGCUUUGUCAGCGAAAUCAUCACAGGCAUAUCAAAUAUACGAAGUAUUGUUUACUCAACACAUCAGCACCUUGUGGCGCUCACUAAAGAUUCGCACAUACAGGUGUGGGAAACCGAGGGACUUUAUGGAAAUUCACCGAAAUUUCCACAAAUAGCAUAUAAGUAAUGGGCGUGAUGAAUUAUACAGCAUAAGCUUAAGAAAAAAACUCACUCAAACACAUACAUACAAUAUAUUUAAAAAGCAAUCACAUUUUACAGAAAUUCAAAUAAUUUGUUGUUGUAAAGAAGGGCUUUAAUGCGGUAAGUUGUAUUUAUUUUAAUACGAGCAACGUGAAAUUAUAAUUUUGUUCGAAAUGUGGUGAUCUCAAAUAACACUUCUAAUUCACAGGGCAACUUCUAUCAACUAAUAAAAAUAUUAAAUCAAUUUAAAUCAAGCCGAAAGAGACGAGUCAUAUUAGAAAUUUUUUUAAACGACCUUAUACAUACAUUUAACUUCUAAAAGUGUUUCUGUUAUGAUUAUGCCUCUCAUAAAGUCAAGCGCUGUGCGCAGAUAGCUUAAAUAGUCUUAAUUAAGGCUCGAAUAACAUUAAGGCUCCCGUGAUUAUGAAUAAAAGCAAUUACGCAAUCCUACAUAGAGAACGAAAGAAACAACAUUAUUCAGCAUUUUGUUAAUAAGGAACAAAUUAUUCACAAAAAUUCAAAAUUGAUGCUGCAGAUUGAGGUUAAAUCCGACCGUUCAGAUACUUGUUCAUUGUAUAUGAAGUAUUUUUUAUAAUCGUAAAUCAACUGCGGAUUACGUCAGCAUCUACUUAACACUCCACAUUGCUGUACUAUUCAUUACAAAUCAUCAUCUCAUUGAAUCCACAACUUUCAAAAGCAAAUUCUACUAUUCCAUAGUCUCAACCGACAACAAUGUGGUAUCUACUAUGCAAUUGGGCGCGCGAUUAUUCACAAUCAGAGCGGCAGGUGUUUGGAAAAACCAGAGCAGUCAAUCAUACGUCAGUGACAUCUUGAAAGUUGUGGCAAUAAUUAUUGCAUCUGCUUGGCAGCACUCAUAAUUAUACAAAUUGGUAGCACUUACAAAAUCUUUGCUGUCAAGUGUAGUGUGAGGACUGGGCCGAUUAAGAAAAUUUCUUAAAUUUCGAUAUUUUUGGAUUCAAUCCUUGCCCAUAGAAAUAAACGAAUAUAUUCGAAAAAUGGCAUGCAACGCAAAUAAGGCACCUUUCCUUCGUUCGAUUGCA